GCGAAGCGAUCGAUAGCGUUUUUGUAUGGGGCGGGUUCCCAGCCUCUUGUCUUAGUCAUUUUCCAAGGAUCCGGCUUGCCGCGCGAAGACGACGACGAUGAACUCGAGCGAUGCGGACCGCCAAAUCAAGCAGAUGGUGAACUUCAUCUUGCAGGAAGCGCAGGAGAAGGCCAACGAGAUCCGCAUCAAGACGGAGCAUGAUUUCAACCUCGAAAAGCAAAUGCUCGUGCACAACGCCAAGGUCAAGAUCCAGGAAGAGUACGCGCGCAAGGAAAAGGAACGCGAGAUCAACAAGCGCAUUGCCCGCUCGGCCGAGAUUGGCGCGUCGCGCCGCAAGAAGAUGAUUGCCCGCGAAGAGCUCCUGCAGUCGCUCAUCACCGAAGGCAAGGCGCGCUGCGCCGAGGUCGCCCAGCACGAAGGCGCGUACCGCACGCUGCUUCGCGACCUCUCGGUCCAGGGCUUGAUCAAGCUCCACGAAACCGAGGUCAUGCUGGCGGUCCGCAGCAAGGACGUGCACAUGAUCGAGUCGUUGGUCCCUGAGAUCGCGGCCAACUAUGCGGCCAUCAUGAAGCAGGAAGCUGGCGUCGACAUGCACACCAAGCUCACUGUCUGCAAAGACGAAAAGCUUUUGCCGCCCGCGCACAGCGCCGGCGGCGUCACGCUCGUCGCCAAGAACGGCAAGAUCGUGUGCGACAACACGCUCGACACGCGCUUGAUGACAGUCAACUACGAUGAGAAGCCGACGAUCCGCAAGAUGCUCUUCCCCGAGAUCAAGUAGAGACAUACGACUCGUGUCCAACGUAAGACGCAACCUCUACCGUGUGUCUUACUG